AUGGAUGUCAACAACUUUUCGUUUGAAAAUGUAGAAAUAAAGGUUGAAAAUUAUGAUGAGGAUCCACUGGAUAAUGAUACAGCUGAUAGUUAUGAAUGUCAACAAAUUGAAGAAGAUUCCUCAAUGGAUGUUGAGAAAGUUAAAAUAGAGCCAGUAUAUUUAACUGUUCCUCACGAAAAUAUUUAUGUUGAGCCUGGUCGCCCGGAUUUGAGGUCAUAUUUGGAACAAAGCUUCAAAGGUCUAUUGAUUCUUAAUUACUACAAACUCCACAAAAAUCUCACUGACCCUUUAACCAAUUAUUUGGCGGAAAUUGCUGUUGGCCGGGUAAUUCAUAAUAUUCUUAAACGGCAAAAAAUCACCACAGAAAAUCCUUUAAAAAAAUUAAUAGUUCCAACAGCUAUACUUAAAAAUCUCGCCACAGAAAUAAGUAUAUUGUUUAAUGAAAAAUCUGCAAUUUAUUACAGUCCUGGGUUAACAGAUGGCAUAAAAAAAAUUAACUCAGGUGGCAAAUUGCAAAGCCAAUUAAACUAUGCUCGAAGAUUAUUAAUUGACUCAGGCUUACUAGUUAUCUCUAGUCGCCGUAGCUCAGUUCUGACUGAUAGUAUUAUCAGUACUACUGAUUCAGCUUCAUCCUCAAGUCUAUUAAAUUUACUGAAAAAGGAAUCUGAAGAUUCGGAAAAAAUUGAAAAAGCUUGGAUUGACGCGUUUGCAGCUCGACGACAAAUGGUAGCAGAUAGUCCUGAUAAAUUAGUUGAAUUUAAUUUAUAUCCUUGUUUAUCAGGUGACAAAGCAACUCAUUUUAUAACGUUAGAUUUUGAAAGAAAAUUUGAAGGUGCUAAGUCAUUUAAGACAUCUUGGCCAAAUCUUCGAGCAACAUUUGAGGAUUUUAUUUUAUCUAAAAGGAUAGAUGAUAUUGAUGCUGCAGCUCAGGUUGCUAAAUUAGCCGAGUUAGUCGAUGGUGAUAAAGACGCUGUUAUAAUUUCAUUACUACCUCUGGCUAUUAAAUCUUCAGUAUCCAGUACUGCUAAACGGAGAAAAGUAGAAAAUCAUCCUGUAGUUGAUGGAAAAUUAACAGAAUUAAAAAAUUCUUAUAUUCUCACUGUUGAAAAAUCUGAAGAGCUGGAAGAUAAGAUUAAAGCUCGGUGGCAGACAUUUAUUACUAAUAAAGAAGCGUUUUAUCCAUUUAUGGUUUUUGUCGGACCUGUUUGCAAGCCUGUUGACUUUUAUGUCGUUAUUGGUAACACAAAAUUGAAGGUUGAUUCAGCACUUGAAGCUUUAGAUGUGACUUUGAAAAUAUUUCUUACAACAUCAUGUCCAUUUCCAAAAUUUGCUGCUUACACGUACAUACUUUUAAAGAAAGUUGUUUAUCAAAUAACUUCGCUGACAAAAUCAUCGAUCCAGUUGGAAAGAGCUCUAUCAUUUUUUGAAAAAAAAUUAAAUACUACGUUUAAUUAG